AUGCCGUUGCAGCCGAACUGUUGCUUAGAGGUACCCGUAUCUGCGAACUGUGAUCAAAUGGCUGACUUAUCCGGUGUUUUGGCGGGCAUCAUUCCAUUUUCAUCGAACGAAAGCAAAAUCGCACAGAUUCAGGUGCCACCAAAGCACUACAGUGCCGAAUUCAAAAUUUGUCACGUUGCGCUUAUGAAUGCCAAUCACACCGAUGAAAUUAUGAGUUCCGCCCUCUCACGAAUGCAUCUUGAUCGAAAACGAGGAGGUCCAAUAUGCCAAAAUGACCGUCGAAUAUCACAUCUGGCAAGUGAUGCUGCUACCGGCGUCACUCCGUUUCCUAGCGGUUAUCAGUACGCAAGUAAAGAGGCGAGUACUGAUAUAAGAGAGAAUCCUCAUGUUGGAGAAAUGACCUGCGUUUCUCAUCAAGAGAUUCCAGUGUGCCAAAGCGACUGUCAGAUGGCCCAUUUGGAGAGUGGUCCGGCUACCGGUGCCACCCAGGGUCUUAACAAUUAUCAGAAUGCAGACGAGGAGACGGCUUUUGGCAUAGGAGAGAAUCCUCAUAUGAGAGGAAUGCCUUGCGUUUUUCAUCAAGAGAUUCCAGUGUGCCAAAGCGACUGUCAGAUGGCCCAUUUGGAAAGUGGUCCGGCUACCGGUGCCACCCAGUGUCUUAACAAUUAUCAGAAGGCAGACGAGGAGACGGCUUUUGGCAUAGGAGAGAAUCCUCAUAUGAGAGGAAUGCCUUGCGUUUUUCAU